AUCCUUUAGGAAUCUCAUAGCAUAAAUGCAAACACAAAGUCCAUAGGCAUAUUUGAUAUAUUCCAUUUACUGUUGUUGUUGUUGUUGUUUCAUUUUCUCUUUCGUUUCCUUUAAAUCCAUUCCAUUCUCAUUAUUUCAUAUAAUCUUUCUUUGCUCUGACUUGACUGACUUUCAAGUUCAACCCCUUUUCUUCUUCUUCUUCUUCUUCUUCGGUUCUCAUUCACACCAUAUACAAUACAAGAAAUAGAAAAAUGAAGUAUGUUUUGGUGACGGGUGGAGUGGUGAGCGGUCUUGGCAAAGGAGUCACUGCUAGCAGCAUUGGUCUCCUCCUCAAGGCCUGUGGACUUCGAGUCACUUCCAUCAAAAUUGAUCCUUACUUGAACACCGAUGCCGGAACCAUGUCCCCUUUUGAGCAUGGAGAAGUGUUUGUGUUAGAUGAUGGGGGUGAGGUGGACUUAGACCUUGGAAACUACGAACGUUUCUUAGAUAUCAAGCUCACCCGUGACAAUAACAUCACAACUGGAAAGAUUUACCAGGCAAUUAUUGACAGGGAAAGAAAGGGAGACUAUCUGGGAAAAACUGUCCAGGUUGUUCCUCACAUCACAGAUGCGAUCCAAGAUUGGAUAGAGAAAGCAGCACAAAUUCCAGUGGAUGGAAAGCCAGGUCCAGCUGAUGUCUGUGUCAUAGAACUGGGUGGAACUAUAGGAGACAUUGAGUCCAUGCCAUUCAUUGAGGCAUUAGGCCAAUUUUCAUACCGUGUUGGACCUGGAAAUUUUUGCUUGAUUCAUGUCAGCCUUGUGCCUGUCUUGAAUGUCGUUGGUGAACAGAAAACAAAGCCUACUCAACACAGCGUACGAGGGCUGAGAUGCCUUGGUUUGACACCACAUCUCCUGGCUUGUCGAAGCACAACGGCACUUGAAGAGAACGUGAAGGUGAAGCUAUCUCAGUUUUGCCAUGUCCCAAAAGAUAACAUCAUUACUCUUUAUGACGUUUCCAACAUUUGGCAUAUUCCUCUGCUCCUAAGGGAUCAGAAGGCUCAUGAAGCCAUCUUCCAAGUUCUUAACCUUCAAAGCAUAGCCAGGGAGCCUGAUUUGGAGGAAUGGACUUCCAGAGCUGAAACUGCUGAUGUGCUGCAUGAGCCGGUUCGUAUUGCCAUGGUUGGGAAGUAUACAGGCCUAUCAGAUUCUUACCUCUCUGUACUAAAGGCUCUUUUGCAUGCAUCUGUUAGCCUACAUAAGAAGCUUUUUGUGGACUGGGUUCCAGCCUCUGACUUAGAGGAUGCAACGGCUAAAGAGAAUCCUGAUGCUUAUAAGGCUGCCUGGAAGUUAUUAAAGGGCGCAGAUGGUGUUCUUGUCCCAGGGGGGUUUGGUGACAGAGGAGUGCAGGGGAAAAUUCUUGCAGCAAAGUAUGCGCGAGAUAACAGAAUUCCCUACCUUGGAAUUUGCCUAGGAAUGCAGACCGCGGUGGUCGAGUUUGCACGGUCUGUUCUUGGUCUACAAGAUGCUAACAGCACUGAGUUUGAGCCUUGCACCAAGAAUCCAUGUGUCAUAUUUAUGCCUGAGGGCUCAAAAACACACAUGGGCGGCACCAUGCGACUUGGAUCAAGAAGAACAUAUUUUCAAGUCAUGGACUGCAAAUCAGCCAAACUAUAUGGGAAUAAAAGCUUCAUUGACGAGAGACACCGCCACAGAUAUGAGGUUAAUCCUGAAAUGGUUGGACGUCUUGAAAAGGCUGGCCUGUGCUUUACAGGGAAGGAUAUAACAGGUCGACGAAUGGAGAUUGUUGAGCUUCGGAACCAUCCAUACUACGUUGGGGUUCAGUUCCACCCUGAGUUCAAGUCAAGACCAGGAAAGCCUUCUGCUUUGUUCUCAGGGCUUAUAGCAGCCUCAUGUGGGCAGCUAGAGAGUCUGCUGUUGGUGCAAGGACAAGGAUGUGAGAGCAACACUAAGAGAAUUCACCCCAUGACAGCAGGAGCAGGAGCAGGCAACAACAUUGAUCCCUCAGCUCCCAUAAUAUACCAAAAUGGAACUGCAACACUAGAGCUAGAUGGAAUUUAUAGCCUUUGCAAUGGGGUACACUAGUAGUGGUUUUCCUAAGAAUAUCUUUUUGGUAGUAUUGGAAAGAGGAUUGGUUGCUGUGUAUAGUAUUGGGAUUCAUAUAUAUAUAUAUAUUAUAUAAUGUGGAUGAUGAUGAUGAUGAUGAUGAUGGUAGAACUGGGGCUGAAUCCGGUUUUUUUGAACGGGUUGAGCUUGUGAAAAGUUCCUUCCACAUGAGUUGUACUAUUGCUAUUAUUACUACUGCUACUGGGUAUUGGGAAAGGUGUAGUUUUUGUGUGA